UAAUCCGCGGUCCCACUGGAGCCAAUCAAAUUGACAAUAAAUAAAUAAAUUAAAUAAUGCUGCAUUUGACGGGCCAGAACUACAAUGCACGCGACAUAAUCAAAAACAUCUUCUCACCGCUCAUCGGCGUGCUAAGCAGCAGUCUCGCAGAUGACAUCUGUCACCGCAACAAUCUCUCCUUUGUGGAGCUCCUGCAGCCCUUUGCCAAACUGCCCAACGAUGCACACUUUCGCGAUGUCUCCGGGACGAGUGUCUCUGUGCGGGGACUUCGGCUCAACUUUUGUCAUGUGGACUGGCGGCCGCCGCAACCAGUCUUGGCCCGCCGAAUGCUCAACGAAUCGGUGACCAAUGCCAACAAUGACAAGACCAAGGUUGUUACAGUAGCGGACAUUGACCUCGAGCUGCCGUCGUCGGAACCUUGGUUUGAACAAUGGCGUGAGACGUUUUUGACUGUGCAAUUCCCAGCGGACCAUGAGUUCACCCGACAUUUGCUCAGCUGUCUGCUGGUGCUGUCCAGUGCCGAUCCCCAGAUUGUGGAAACGGCGCACAAGCUGACCCAACGGGUGCAGCAAAUGCAGAGCAUCACGCCCCAAAAACUGCCCAAGUGGUUCCAGCCCAACGAAGUGCUCAACAGCUAUGUGGUGCUCCAUGAGGCCAACCAGGGGGAUCUGUCCAAGGCACAGCAGGGCUUUGAGCUGCUCAAGUCCACCUUUGGCGACAGCAAAUGCUUUCUAGUGUCCAUUAACUCGGUGGACAGUCAGGCACCUGCAGAGGUGCAGGACUAUUGGGCGUGCUACAUCAAGAGGCAGCCGAAGAGCGACGCCACGCUCACCUCCACGGAUCUCAGUGCCCCGAAAUCUCCACAGGAGGCGGUGUCCGUCAUCAGCAUGCCCUCGAUGCAGAUGUCCCAGUUGCUCGAGGAAGUUUCUGCCCAGGAGAGUGGCCUGACGAUGCUGCAUCCUCUGAGUCCCAUGCAGGAGAGCGCCACCGAGGCCAUCAAUUCUAAGUUCAGCAUUAGCAGCGAGAGCCUUGCCUCCCAGACCAUCAAUCCCAAUGUGUGGGCCAACGACCUAGAGGCGGAUGCACCACACGGUGGCUGUCUCACCACGAGGGACAUUGACAACGUGCGCCACUUUGUGCAGGACUACGCAGUGCGUGCCUUGAUACCCUACAUCGAGCACCUGGUGGCCACACUCAGCGAGGGUGUGACCAACAAGAAGGGCGUGAGCAAGUCCCUGCUGAGUGCCACAAAGCGUUGGUUCGUCACCAGCAAGCCGGGAGCGGGAGCAAAUAAUCAAAAUGCAGUCAUCUACACAAAUGAAUCAGCGGAGCUGCAAACGAGAAAGCUCGGCGAUCUCUACUUCAUGUUUGGACACUACAAUCUGGCCUUUCAGGCCUACCACCAGGCGAAGAGGGACUUCAAUGCGGACUCUGCCUGGCAAUACUAUGCGGGUGCCCUGGAAAUGGCAGCCCUUUCCGCCUUCAUGCUGGGCACGGCGCACCGCAAAACCUACGACUACAUGGAGGAUGCCAUUGUGUGCUACCUGACUGUGUGCAAAAUGCAGCAAUUCGCCACACGAGCAACGCUGCUCAGCAUGGAGUGCCUGAAGACAGCGCGACUGUACAGCGAUGUGGCCAAGCAAUUGAUACGCAUGACCAGCGAGGAGUCGGACCUUCGUUCAGCGCUGCUGCUGGAGCAGGCGGCUUACUGCUUUCUGGUUACACAACCGGCCAUGCACCGGAAGUAUGCCUUUCACAUUGUUUUGGCUGGGAAUCGCUACUCGCGUGCCGGACAGCGGAAGCAUGCGUAUCGCUGCUAUCGCCAGGCCUACCAGGUGUUCCAGAAGCGAGAGUGGAGCCUGGCCGAGGAUCAUAUACAGUAUACGGUGGCCAAGCAGGCCUACAUGUUGAAGCAGCUGGACGAGGCCAGUCGUUCCUUUGCCCAUCUCCUGCGCCCUGGCAGCCUGCAGAGUGCCGCACAGCAGAGCAGCUUCCUGAAGGAGUACAUCCAGACGCAGAAUGAGCUCCUCAAACGUAGUCCAGAGGUGGGACUGCUACCUCAUGCCCUGCCCCAGUUGGUGCAGUCUUCGGUGCGCGUCUUGACCCUGGUGCAAUCGCCCUCAGCUCAGGCGCCACAGCUGCCAGCCACCAACAUUGACAUCGACUCGAAUCUGACUGCAGAUGAGUCCAUUUGGAACAAGAUUGAGGAGAUGCUGGUGAUCACCGCUGCCUCCAAUAAACCAUUCGUAUUUAAGCCCACGAGAUAUUUGUAUACCAAGCAGCAGCCGGCCCUGGAGACGCCAGUCGCCGUGCAGGGCGAGCCCAUUGAGCUGGCCGUGACCCUUUCGAACAGUGUUCGCUGCAGCAUAGCCCUCUCUGAGAUUGAUUUGCUCUGGAAACUCACGCUGGACAACGAGGAAGUGCUGUCGAAUGCCUGCGUUUACGAGGAAGCUGCAGACAGUGCCAGCAAAGCGGCCGUGCAGGCAGCCAUAAAGACCAGCUGCGUGGCAUCGUUUGAGUUGGCCGAACAGGCAGAGAAAACUGUUUACUUCAAGCUAACGCCGAAGCUCACGGGACGACUCCUCAUUCUGGGCGUGGUCUGCCGUGUGGCAGCCACCGCGGAUCCCACGGCCAGUCUGCUUGGCUCGUUGCAGUUUGAGACGCAAAUGAUUCGACCUGCCACGGCCAAGCAAUCCUCACAGACCGUUCUGGACAACCGGUUGAGCCUCAGACUGGUGCCCCAAUUGCCCGCCAUGAGUGUUAGCUUUAGCCCAGUGCCCACCCAGCUCUUGGCCGGUGAGAUUUUACCCGUUUCCAUUACCCUACGAAAUCUGGGCAUAGCUCCCAUUGAGGAGAUUUAUCUGGGCUGCGACACGCCACGCUGCGUGUCACUGCAGUCGGAGCACCACGAUCAAAUGCCGCUGGCCAUGAAGAGCUCUUUACGUGAUCUGUCCAAUGAUAAGCUCGUCAAGGACAAGGAAAUCCGUGGACAGCGUGUGUUCCGGCUGCUGCAACGUCCUGGACAGGCGGCCCUGGAGGCACAGCAGGGACAUACAAUUUCCAUGUGGCUGCAGGCACCCCACCAGGAUGGACCCUUCACGCUGCGCCUGCUCUUCUACUAUUCAUUGCCAGUGGGUGCCAAUUCGCCCAUCAAAUACAGGCUGGUGCGUCACAUUUGGCACCUGCAGGUGGAGAGCUGCUUACAAGCGGGGUCCACGUGCUUCGUGAGCAAUGCAGUGACCAACGAACUGGGUCUUGAGCUGAACCUGCGCAAUCAGCAUGCCGCCCAGGCGACAGAAGUGUACAUCAACACGUUAUCCUUGUACUCCAAGGAGUACGAUGUGAAUCCAGAGAAGUUGUACAUUAUGGACAGCAUGGGAGUGAGUGCGGGACAGGCGGGUGGACAGUGCCUCAAGUCUUCCAAAUUCUGCAGCCUGCAAUUCCGACUGCAGGAGAAGGGCCUAAAAGAACACUUUAAUGACAUUCCAACGAUCAAAACUCUGCUGCAAAGCCGACUAUCCCACUUGAAGAUUAUGCCCGCGCAGCAUGCCCAGCAAGUGGAGCAGCACAUGCCGUCGCUGCACGAUCCGCACAGCUUCCUCACCAACGAGGAGACCGUGUUCUUCAAUACCAACAUCAGCACCGAAGAGUUCAAUGCCAGCAUUGCCGGCUAUGUGCCCCAUGCUACGCUGGCCCUUAGUUGGAGUGCGAUAGUGGCCAGGGAGGGGGGGCCACAGCUUGCCAGUGGCUUGCAUUUCAUCAAGCUGUACAAACUCUACGAGACGGGACACUGUCCAGCCACGACGGCCGAGACAAUGCUUCGCAGACGUCUGUCCUCGGACAAUGCGGAAAACAAACAUCGCGAGUUCCAGCUGCCAGAGGUUGCGCCCAGCAAUGAGAAGGCCAGUGAGCCGCUGGCCGAAGAUGAAAACGAGGACUAUUGGGAGCCCAAUGAGAACUAUGUGGGCCAACGUUGCCUGCUUGAAGAUGAGAGCUUUGUGCUGGCUGCCAAGGGUUAGGUUUUGUGCCCAAAUUGUGUUAAAUGUGUUUUGUGUGUCUGGAUCCGUUUAUGAUCCUCCUACGAGCAACUGUUUUGUGUUUUCAAUUUAUUGUUUAUUUGUUGGGGAAGAUCUAAAACCAAGGCUGUCCUUUCUUAUGUCGUAAAUGUUUCAAAUGUUUAGGUAAAUGGACAGUCCUCUCAGUCAUUGUGUGUGGGGGUAACAUUUGUGUCUUUAUCGCUUGUGAUUAAUAGUAAUGUUUUUUGUUAGUUUAUUAGUUGAUUGAUUUAAAAAAGAAUUCAUUCAUAUUAUUACACUCUAAUAAAAUGCUUAAACAUGUAACAUUAAA